AUGGGGAUAUUUUCAAGCUCGGAUCAGUCAGGUUUUGACGUAGCUGUCGGUCCAUGUCGGGCUGUUCUACGUUUUCUUGGUGGUUGGCAUGAUCCAGUAAAGCCGCAAACGCCAUUUACUGUGUUUUUGUUCAUUUUGUCUACGUCCACUAUGUUCAUAUUCUCGUGUCUCGUUCAAACAAUUGAAGUUUUCAGAGGCUGGGGUGACUUGAAUUAUGUGAUUGAAAUACUUAUCAUCGAUGACAUUCCAAUUUGCGUGGCAGUCAUGAAAUUCAUCGUGUCCUUCUAUAACAAAGACAUUUUGAAAAGAUUAGUUAUAUUGAUGGAGAAAGAUUGGCAAAAAAUGUACGCAGAAGCAGAUUGGGAAAUAAUGUGGGAGACAGCUCGCUUCAGCCGAAAGCUGUCGUUGGUGUGCAUUCUUUUGGCCGAAGGUACGAUCACAGCACAAUGUAUGGUAGUACUGAUGUUUAAUGUGUACAUCAAAGAUGAGAAUGAUCGGCCUCUCUACAUGCAUUCUUACUUCCCAUUUAAUACUCAAAUCAGUCCGAACUACGAAUUUACUUGGUUCGGUCAGUUUAUGUGUACCGUUUACGCGGCCAGUGCUUUUUCGUCGGUAGAUGCAUUCUUUGGUGUUCUUGUAUUACACCUUUGUGGACAAUUAUCAGUGUUAAAGAGAAAUUUGAAGGAGCUUGUAAAUGACCCUAGGGAAAAGAUGGAUCCUGAUGAGUUUACCAGAAAAAUUGCGGCACUCGUUGAUCGUCAUGAUCAUUUGAAUAUGUUCGCGAAAACUUUAGAGGAUUCGUUCAACUUGAUGUUUUUACCGCAAAUGAUUGGCACAUCUCUUGCUAUGUGUUUGCAAGGAUAUCAGUUGGUAGUGAUAUCCACUGCUUCUGAAGAAGGUUUGCCUUUAUUGCAAAUCUUUCACAUGGUUUAUUUCACCAGUUGUUUUUCGUUUAGUCUCUUUAUCUACUGCUACGUGGCCGAGAGACUUCAGUUUGAAAGUACAGAAAUCGACUAUGCAGCGUAUCAAUGUGAUUGGUAUAAUUGGUCUCCGAGGAAUACACGACUUCUUCUAUUAUUAAUGGGUCGAGCUCGUAAGCCUUUGGAAAUUACAGCGGGGAAAUUCUGUGUAUUUUCAUUGGGACUUUAUUGCAGUGUAAGAUUACCGAGUGAAAACCUUCUUUUAUUGUUUGGAAACAAAAUAAUUUCUAUUGCAGAUUUUGAAAAAAUGUGGAGGGUAUAUUUCAAUGCUUUUGGCAGUCAGAAAACGCCUCGUAGCUUUGACACGGCAUUUGGAGUAACCCGUUGGGUUAUGCAAAUCCAUGGAAUCUGGCCGGGAUUCAGUGCCUCGAAGAUAAGAAUAUUACGCUAUGCCUUUUUUCCAUCGGCGUUCAUGAUUUUAGUUUUUAUAAAUAUACCACAAACAGUAUUGCUAUUUCGACUGGAUGGCAAUUUAAGUGCAAUUUUGAAUGUUCUCACUCUUGCCAAUGUUCCAAUUGGCAUUGCUCUAGCAAAGUUAAUUGGCGUGAGCUUUAAUCAAGAGGUGCUUCAACAUCUAAUAGUUUCAAUUUCUAAGGACUGGGAAACAACAAAGAAGAAGUCCGAAUUAGAGGUAAUGUGGCAGAAAGCAAAAACAAGUCGAUGUCUAUCCAUAGUUUCCAUUAUAUUAGGCGAGGGUACGACUUUAGCAUACACCAUCCGAAUGUUUUACGUUCUCUUUAAUAAUGAAGAUCCAAUUAAACCACUGUACAUGCAUGGUAGCUUCCCAUACGAUAUUCAAAGUAAUCCAAACUUCCACGUCACUUGGGUACUACAGAUUAUAGCAACUCUCAUAUCAUCCGGAGUUUUUUCCGCUGUGGAUGCUCUUUUCAUCAGUUUCGUAUUGCACCUGUGUGGACAGUUGACGAAUUUGCGAGUAGCGUUUAGUAAAGUAGGAGAAAAUGGACCUACUAACGAAAUUCUACGUGAAGAGGUUGUAAAGUUAGGUAUGGCAAUUUUUUACUGCAAAUUGUAUAAUUUACCUGCAAAAGAAGCUCGACUGCUGAUUGUAUCACUACUUAGGGUAAAAAAACCGCUGGAGAUAACAGCUGUUUUGCGCCCACUUAUCUUAACGAUGCUCAACGAUUGGAAAUCGCCGAAGACCAAAGAACAACUCCAAAUAAUGUGGAGAAAUGCCAAAAUUAGUCGACUCAUGUCCAUUACCAUAAUUUCCUUAGCUGAAGGGACUUGCGUUACGUAUUGUAUAGCGACGAUUCUCUACACUCGUAGUGAAAAUAAGAAACACGCUCUGUUGGAAGAAAACGCGACUCAUUUAUUGCGAAAGAAUUUCUUCAAGGCGGAAUUUUUCUACGACACGCAAAAAACUCCUCAGUACGAGAUCACUUGGUUUUUCCAAUGUGUUUCCAUGUUUUUAGCUGCUUCGGCUUUCUCGUCUACCGAUGCUUUAUUUGGCACUCUUGUAUUGCAUCUCUGUUCACGGCUUAACGUGCUGAGGGAUAAUAUUAAACAUUUAUCGUUGUCUUUGACUGAAAAAUGGGAUGGCGAUUCUUAUAAUCAAAUUCUUUCUAACAUCAUUCGAGAGCACAUAUUUCUUGAGAGAUAUGCUAAAAGCAUUGAAGAUGCUUUCAACAUCAUAUUUCUUGUACAAAUGAUAGUCUGUUCUGUAGUGAUUUGUCUCCAAGGUUAUGAAAUUGUUAUGAUUUCAACUAAAGGCGUCGGUCUUUCAGUUUUCGAACUUAUUUACAUGACGUAUUUUAUACUAUGCUUUAUGUUUAGCUUAUUUGUAUACUGUUUUGUAUGUGAAGUUUUACGCAAAGCAUGCAUGGAUAUUGGAGAUGCUGCUUACGAAAUAGAUUGGUAUACCUUUCCUGUGAAAAAUGCAAUGCCUCUGAUGAUGAUUAUAUUGAGAGCCAAGAAGCCAUUUCAAAUAACUGCAGGAAAAUUUGUAGAUUUUUGUUUGGAAUUAUAUUGUAGUAUAUUGAAGACGUCGGGUGGGUAUUUGUCAAUGCUACUGGCAGUAAAAGAUAGGAUCGACUGA